AUGACUUGCCUAUAUUGGAAUGUGCGGGGUUUAGCUAAUUCUCCUACAAAAUUAGCUCUCAAAAGACUUAUUCGUGUAAAUAAACCGGAUUUUGUUUUCAUUUUUGAACCGUGGAUGGAGGUGAAGGAUGCUCUUAUUAGAUGGCUCCAUAGAUUAGGUCUUAAGCUUUUUGCUAUCAACAAUAAGGAUGGCUUAGAUCCUAAUCUUUGGUGCUGCUGUCGCAUGGAAUUAGAGCCUCAGGUAGUUGCUGCUGAUAGCCAGCAGGUCUUUUUUCUCUUAAAGAUCCAUGAGAAAUCUUUUGGUAUUUCAGCAGUAUAUGCUUCUACAAACAUAGUGACUCACAGAGUGCUUUGGCAUAACCUUUCUCAUCUCCAAACUCAGUUCAACCUUCCUUGGGCUUUCAUUGGAGAUUUCAACUGCAUUUUAGGAGCUCAUGAACACUGUGGUAUUAGGACUCCGGCUAGACCUCCGAUAGAGGACUUCAACAAUUGGACAAACCAGAAUUCCCUUGUGCACCUUCUGACUGCUGGAGCCCUUUUCACGUGGAAAAAUGGUAGAAAAGGUAAUAUGCAUAUUAAGAGGCGCCUCGAUAGAACUAUUUGCAAUCAAGGUUGGUUAGAUCUUUGGUUUAACAAUUCCUGCAGAACCUUACCUCGGAACAAAUAUGACCACUUUCCUCUUCUCUUCGAAUUCUUUUUAAGUGAUGAUAAAUCUUCCUCUGUUUUUAGAUUUUUGAGAACGUGGGCCUCUCAUCAUAGUUGUGAAUAUCUUAUUGCUGAUACUUGGAAAACUAGGGUGGUGGGAUGCCCUAUGUUCAUUCUUCAAAGAAAGCUUAAGAUUCUGAAAUCUAGACUCAAAGAUUGGAAUAAAUCCACUUUUGGGAAUGUACAUGAUAAUGUCAAAACAGCUGAAGAUAACCUUAAAGAAAUACAAGACAAGAUUGUGAAGGAGGGUACUUUGGAUGCUUUGGAUGUCAUAGAAAGGAAUGCCCAAGAUCAGCUUGACCUUGCCCUUCAAAGGGAAGAAAUUUUUUGGAAGGAAAAGGCCCGUGUUAAAUGGAAAGCUGAAGGGGACAGAAAUACACAAUUUUUCCACAGAAUCGCUAAGAUCAAACAAGUUACCAAGCGAAUUUCUUGUCUGAAAGUGGAUGGAAACUUAAUUACGGACCGGGGACAGAUUGCUAAACAUGUGGUUUCAUUUUACACUAACCUUUUUAACAAGUUUUUUGUGUUGCAGGAUACGAGUCUAAUUGGUGAAGUUAUUCCUCACUUAAUGAUUGAGGAGUACAACUCGGCUCUCACCAAGCUGCCGGUUUUGGAGGAGGUUUAUGAGGCGGUUAUGAGUUUGGACAACGAGAGUGCCCCUGGCCCAGACGGUUUCAGCGGUUUCUUUUAUCAAAAGUACUGGAGCAUUAUAAAAGAAGACGUCUUUGGUGCAGUUUUGCAAUUUUUCAAAGAGGGUUGGAUAAUGCCUAACUAUAACACCAACACCUUAGUUUUGAUUCCCAAAGUUCCCAAUGCAGACUCAAUUGAUCAAUUCAGGCCCAUCGCUCUUGCAAAUUUCAAGCAUAAAACCAUUACCAAGAUUCUUGCGGACAAAUUAUCCUUAUUAAUGCCUUUUCUUAUUUCUACAGACUGGAUUUCUGCUAUUCUUCACUCGGCUGUUAUGUCUGUUUCAGUGAAUGGAUUGCAGGCUGGUUUUUUCACUUGUAAGAGUGGGGUGCGUCAAGGCGAUCCGUUAUCACCUCUUCUGUUUUGUUUAGGUGAAGAUGUUUUGAGUAGAGGUCUGACUAAGUUAGUGGAGAACAAAAAGGUGAAAUUGAUUAAAGCUUCAAGGGAUUCCUAUGUGCCUUCGCAUGUCCUAUAUGCCGACGACAUUAUGGUUUUUUGCGAAUGCGACAAAGGAUCCAUCGAGGCUCUAACAGCUAUUUUUCUAAGAUGGGCUAGAAAUUUUAUCUGGAGUGGGGAGAUUGAAUCUCACAAAAUUGUUACGGUGGCUUGGGAUGAUUGCUGCCGGCCUUUUGAGGAGGGUGGUUUGGGGCUUAGAUCUUUGGUCAAGUUAAAUGAGGCUGCCAACUUGAAAUUGUGUUGGGACCUUUCCAAUUCAAAGGAGCAGUGGGCCUGUCUUCUAAAAGCUAGAGUCUUGCGAGAUGGAAAAGAGAUUUCAUACCAUAUUUUUCCAUCUUUGUGGAGCAGCAUGAGAGCUUCUUUGAAGGAUGUUAAAGGCAAUUCUAGCUGGCUGAUUGGUAAUGGUAACAGAAUUAAAUUUUGGUCUGAUAAUUGGAAUGGUUCAGCUGUUCUCGAAUCCCUAAACGCUACCGGAGGUUCUCACCCUUUCCUCAAAGACAAGGCGGCUGCAUAUAUUCAAAAUUGCAAGUGGAAUUUGCCUACGGAUAUUACGGUUCGGUUUCCUAAUCUUGCUAAUCUCCUCUCUAAUGUUCAUCUUUCUGUUGUCCAAAAAGAGGACCUCUUUGUUUGGAAUUCAGCAACAGACGACAUCCUUACUUUGAAAACAACUUAUGAUUUCAAAUCCUGCAUUAAUAACAUUGUUGAUUGGGGAAAGCUCAUUUGGAAUGCGCAAAUUCCAGCCUCUUCAUCUUUACUUUUCUGGAGGCUGCUCCACAAUAAAGUUCCGACAGACGACAACAUGGCCAUUUGGGGGUUCCAUCUUCCUUCGGUUUGCAAUCUUUGCGGUGCUAAGGGUGAAAAUGUUGAACAUUUAUUCUUCUCUUGCUCUUUUGCUGCUAAAUUAUGGAAUUUUCUUUCGACUUCUUUGGCUCAUAAUUUCUCGGCUGUUCCGGAUAUUUGGUCUGCAUACAACAAGCUCCAUUCUGCUCAAAGUAAGGUAGUGUUGCAGGCUGCGGUGGUCAGUGUUAUUUCUAUGAUUUGGAUAGCUCGUAACGUAAGCCAGUUCGAGGACAAGAGCACCACUUGGUCUUUUUUUUUCAAAGAGGUCAAGAGGGAUGCUGAGUAUGCGGGAAACACUACUCCGAAAGUUGGUUCAAACUCGGUUUUGGACUUUCAAUUCCUCAAAAGUUUCAAUGUUAAAGUCAAUCCUCCGAAAGCUUUUAUUGUUAAAGAAUUCUCGUGGCAUCCUCCUGUUCUCAAUUGGUUAAAAUGUAACACUGAUGGUGCGGCUACAGGGGCUGAAUUAUCUGGCGCCAUUUUGGCUAUCGAGAUUGCUAGGCAAAAUAAUUGGACAAAUUUAUGGCUGGAAUCUGGUUCAAAGCUGGUGGUUCUCGCUUUUUCCAAGCCCGAAAUUGUCCCUUGGACUAUUUGGAAUAGAUGGGAGAAUGUCCUACAUCAUACUAGAUCCAUUAACUUUUUGACCACUCACAAAUAUAGGGAGGGAAAUCAUUGUGCUGAUAGGCUUGCUAACAUAGGUUUACAUAUACAAGAUUUUGUUUGGUGGGAUGUUGUUCAUAGGGAGAUUCUAAUGCAGUUUGCCAAAAACUAUAUUGGCCUUCCUAAUUAUAGAAUUUCUCAUUAA